AUGACGUCGUCGACGACGGGCGUGCUCUCGACACUCAUCAACGCGAUCGUGUGGAAUCGGGUGCGGGCUUCGGAGAAGCUUCAGGACCACAUUCUGAGCCAGCGGCUGGCGCUGGUGGAGGCAGUCUCGUCUGUCUCGGGCUCGGGGGUCUCUCUGCUGGACUCUGUUCCACUGACAGAGGUGACUCUGGUGCUAGUUGAUGAUGUGGCCACAGAGCGGUGCUCGCCGGUGAUCACCACUGCGCUCCGAGCAGUCCCGUCUCAUGCACGUGUCUUGACAGUGCCUGCUGCCAUCACCGUGGCAGGCCUCAAGGCCCAGAUCUUUGGCGUGCUUGGCAAGUUUGUCAAGCGGGCCAAUGUCAACGUCGACCGCGCCACCCUCGGCUCGCGGCUGUCGUCGACCCACGAGUUUAUUCUCUCGAUCGGCGGCAAGACCGUAGAAGCACACAACGAGGAUGCCCAGCUGCAGGCGCUGCCUGCUGUGCUCAAGGGCGUCGAGUCGGACGACGGCUGCAUCGAAGUCCGCCUCGUCAACGAGGCCCAGUACGAUCUCGACGUCCGUGCCCAGCUCAUCCACGCCCGCAUCGGUAUGCUCUCCGGCCGUGUCGGUGCCAUGUCGGACGAGGCUGAGAGCGACCCGGAGAUCCGCGCCUUCCGCCGCCAGGUCAUCCCGCUCAUCAAAGAGGAGAUGCGCAACCGGAAAGGCGGUGUAUACGCGCUCGCGCCCGACAUCUGCUCGCUCCCGCUCCCGGCGUCGACCGCCGAGCGGCUGCGUGGCGAGCCGGCCUACGUCCGCUUCCACUACAUGAACACGUGGGAGUCCAAGACAAUGGCCUGGGACCUGCUCGACGUCCCGGCCUCGGUCCUUGACUCUCUCUUUACCAACCACCGCAAGGUGCUCCGCGGCGUGCCAGACGACGCUUCGCCGCGUGACUACGUGCUCAAGUGCUACGGCUCGGCCGACUUUUACGUCGGCGACACGCCGCUCGCCGACUUUAACUCGGUCCGCCGCGCCCUCCUCCGCCACGACCACAUCCACAUCUCGAUCAUGUCGCGCAACGACGCCCUCGCCAUGGCCACUGCCGAGGUCGACGAGGAGGACCUGCUCUCAGCGCUGCCGUCUGCCGACCCGGAGGAGUUUGUCCACACCGCGCUCUCGAUCCACCCGCUCGGUGCCGAGGAGGUCAAGGCCAUGGUCGCUCCGUCGAUCGCCUCCACCACCCUCUCCAUGUGGGACAUGAUCGAGGUCCCCUACCGUGUCCGCAUUCGCGCCGCUCAGGACCUCAAGUUUGAGUCGACCAAGCCCAAGUCGAAAAAGGCCAAGAAGCGCGAGAAGCAGACCAAAAAGGUGCUGAAGCUCUCGGAUCUUGUUGUUUACGUCGAGGCCGCCCUCUACCACGGCUCAGUCCGUCUCGCCGACGUUCAGCGGACCGCCGGCGUACUUAUGGCCGACUCGCCGCGCUGGGACGAAGAGCUCAAGUUUGACAUUGACGUUGCCGACCUCCCGCGCGCCGCCCGGCUUUGCGUCACCAUCUUUCUCGCCUCGGAGGCCGCCCUGCUCGAUGCAGUCCGCGGGCAGGCCGUCGAGGACGCACUCCCACUGGGCGCCAUCAACGUGCCGGUCGUUGACUACGCUGGGACGCUCAAGACCGCCGGCGCCACCCUCGCGCUGUGGCCGUUUGAAAAGGCCAAUCCCAUUGCGACGGCACAGCAGAACCCGGCCCGCAACACAGCGCCACUGCUCCAACUGCAAUUCCCGGCCUUUGCCGGUAGGGUCGUCUUCCCCACCCAGCUCGGUCUCCCGGUCGCCACCCCGCCGACGCCGGACCCGGAUGCCGACGAAAUGGCUACCGUCGCCUCGCUCGUUUCCAAGGACUCGGUCUACCGCCUCUCUUCGGCAGAAAAGGACGUCAUGUGGCGGCACCGAUACCACAUUCUCAGCGCCCACCCGGCCGGCCUCGCCAAACUCAUCCUCUCGACCCCAUACCAUCAGCGGAUGGCGGUCCUGGAGCUCUACCAGAUCCUCCGCCAGUGGCCGCCGUACGCCUCGCCGCUGGACGCGCUCGAGCUCCUCGACGCACAGAUCAUGGACACUGUUGUCCGCGAUUUUGCCGUCAAUGCUCUGCUCUCGGUCUCGGACGACGAGCUCUCUGACUUUAUGAUCCAGCUCGUGCAGGCGCUCAAGAACGAGAACUACCACGACACGCCGCUCGCCCGAUUCCUCAUUCGACGGUCGCUCCGCUCGCGCCGGCUCGGGCAUGUCUUCUUCUGGUGCCUCAAGGCCGAGAUGCACAUUCCUGAGGUCCAGACAAGGUUCUCACUCUAUCUCGAGGCCUACUGCCGCGGAUGCGGCCAGCACCGCGACGAGCUCCUCCGCCAGGUCCGCCUCACCCAAUCGCUCGUCGAGUCGGCGGUGUACAUCAAGCAGGUGCCGACCGCAACGCCCGAGGUUCUCCAGGCCCACCUCGAGGCCAACGUCAAGUUCCCGGCAAAAGUUCAGCUCGUCCAGAACCCGUCGAUCGAGGUCAACGGCCUCGUGCUCAACAAGUGCAAGUUCAUGCAGUCCAAGAAGAUGCCGCUCUGGCUCGUCUUUGCCAACGCCGACGGCCAGGGCGCGCCGUGCUACUCGAUCUUCAAAGAAGGCGACGACCUGCGCCAGGACAUGCUCACCCUGCAGAUGAUCCGCAUCAUGGACAAGAUGUGGCAGCAGGAGGACAUGGACCUCCGUCUCAAGCCGUACGUCGCCAUCUCCACUGGCGACGAGGUCGGGUACAUCGAGGUCGUCCUCAACGCCGCUACCCUCGCCGACAUCCAGGUUGACAAGGGCGGUCUCGCAGGCGCAUUCAAGUCGACGCCGCUUGCAGACUACCUCCGUGACCACAACCCGACCGACGCCCAGUACGCCGAGGCUGUCUCCAACUUUAUCGUCUCGUGUGCCGGCUACUGCGUCGCCACAUACGUCCUCGGCAUCGGCGACCGGCACAACGACAACAUCAUGCUCGACCAGGCUGGCCAUCUCUUCCACAUUGACUUUGGCCACUUUCUGGGCAACAUCAAGAAGAAGUUUGGCAUCUCCCGCGAGCGCACCCCGUUUGUCCUCACCCCGGACAUGGUCCACGUCAUGGGCGGAAAGGACUCGGCCGGCUUUGCCGAGUUUGUCUCCAUUUGCUGCCGCGCCUACAACGUCCUCCGCCGCCACUCCAACAUGCUCAUUAACCUCUUCGCCAUGAUGGUCUCCACCGGCAUUCCUGAGCUGCAAACCCUCGAGGAUCUCCGCUACCUCCAGCGCGUCCUCAAGCUUGGCGCCUCGGAGGAGGAAGCCGCAGACUACUUUCGCUCCCUCAUCGACAUCUGCCUCAAAAAGGGCUGGCAGACCACCAUCGACUGGUCAAUUCACCUUCCGGCUCAUGCUCCUGCUGCUGCUCUCGCCACGGCACUCGUCCUUCGCCGCGUCUCGGAUCCGAUCUCCUCCCCUCCGCUCCUCGACGUCGAGAGCGAGUCGGCUCCCUGGAAGGCGCGACGGGUGGCGGCGCGCCUAGUUAUCUCUCCCGAUCUUGUCCUGGCGGCUGCUGACAACUCGUCCGCUGAUGGCUGGGUUGUGGAUGUGCAUGUGGUGCUCGAUCGGCCUGCAGGGCUCGUCGCGCCCGGCGAGAACAGCGACGCUCUGGCCGCGCUGGCUGCCGACUGGAUGCCAGCCCCGGAGAGCGCGUCCAGCAUCGUCGAUGUAGCGUACCUACCCGAGGCCACCGAGCUUGUAGUGGCUGUGGGCUUUGACGCACCUCCGGCAAACGACUCGGUAGUCGCCACCGCGAUUGCGUUGCCGUCUACUGCUGUGCCGGACAGCGCGUGCGGGCUGAGGGCUGUGAUGAGCGCGGGCGAGCUGGCGUGGCUGUCACCUGGUGCGACGCCGUUGGAUGGCACGGGUGCCGUGGGUGUGCCGCUGCAGAGCGUGCCAGACGUGUGGCGGGAUGUAAGCGGAGAGGCGGGCUACGUCCGGCUCGCAUCGCGUGUCGUCAGAGUCAACGGGACGGCCGGCGGUGUGGCCGUCGGCAUGCUCUGGGGCGGCGGUGAGGUCGGUGGUGGUGGCGCUGUCUGGCCAAGCGCGACGUUCACCGAUGGUCCCGAGUGUGUGCCGCUGGCGGCUGUGCCUGCCGCGCUGACCAGCGCGCUCCCGGUGCUGGCCUUCUGCGACCGGUUCACGGCGGGAUCGUACAACGGGACGGUCUCGUCGGGCCGCGGGUCGCGGACCGGGGCGCUCGGCGCGCUGGCGGCCGCUGCCGCCUACGACCGAUUUGCCCGCACGCUGGAGCUCAUCGACUGUCGGCAGCGGUACUCGAUCUGGUCGUGCGACGACUGCCGCGACGCCUACGCCCGUUGGCUCUGUGGGCUCUCGCUCCCAGGCUGCACGCCUUCUGCCGGCCCGGCCCGCAUCGCGCCGUGUCGUACCCUCUGCGACGACCUGGUCAAGCGAUGCCCGGCGUACUUUGACUUUGGCUGUACCGACUACGACCCGCUCUACUGGGACGGCACUGAUCCGUCGGGAUCGGACACGCCGUGCGCAUCGCUCAACCGGCGCUCGCUCCCUGGCGACAGCAAGUCGAUGCAGCCGGCGCCAUCGGCGGUGACCUCGUCAUCACCGGCAUCAUCAACCACCCAAGUCGCACCCAGCUACACCCUCGAGGGCGGCGGCGAAGUUGUUGCGCUGGACGGGAUCACACUGGAUGACUCGUCCGAGUUUUUCGCUAUCAAAAAGGGCGAGUUUGUUAUGCUCCGCGGACCAUCGGGCGGCGGCAAGACGACGCUGCUCAAUCUCCUCGGCACGCUGGACAAGCCGACAGAUGGUGUUGUUGAAGUCGUCGGGCAUGCUGUGUCGGCAGAGUCGAGCGAUGCAGAGCUGGCCAAGUUGCGCCUCGAGUCAAUCGGCUUUGUCAUGCAGAACUUCUCUCUCAUCGCCACUAUGACUGCCUUUGAGCAGACGGAGCUGCCUAUGAUUCUGCUCGGCAAGCUGAACAAGAAGGAGCGCCGCAAGCGAGCGAUCGAGCUGCUGACGUAUGUCGGCCUAGGUGACCGCCUCUCGCAUCUGCCAUCCGAGCUGUCCGGGGGUGAGCAGCAGCGUGUGGCCAUUGCCCGCGCUCUUGCCAACCGGCCGGAGCUUUUGCUCCUCGACGAGCCGACUGGCGACCUCGACACCGCCAACACGGUGGCUAUGAUGGAUCUUGUCCUCCGUGUCAACCGCGCCGGCGUUACCGUUGUCCAGGUCUCGCACAAUGCCGACCUCGAGUGCUACGCCUCGCGCGUCGUCUACCUCCGCGGAGGCCGCUUUGUCGAGCAGGCACUGAACGCCGCCCAGACAAGCCUCUCCUCCACCGACUACAUUGCCUUUCUUCAACGCGCCAAGGUGAUGCUGACGAUCUUUGCCACCACCAUUUCGCCAGCGGGACUGCUGCAGAAGUCCAUCAUCCAGCACAAGCUGGCUAUCGAGAACCUCCGUUCUAACCGCGCUCCGAAGGAAGAGAUUGCGGCUGCACGUGAGGAACUCGGUAAGAUGCAGGAGGAGCUGGAGAGCAUGCUGCCGGAGGAGCGCGGAGGGGACAAGCUCAAGUCGGGCAAGCGCAAGGAGAAGAAGCUGAAGAAGCUGGACAAGAAGAAGGGCAAGCCCAAGGGCAAGGGCGGAAAGAAGAGCAAGUCAAAGGACAAGGGUGCGGACUUUACCUACACCGAGGUGACUCCGGUCGGCGAGAAGAAGCAGCUCGGCGAGUUCCUCGAGGCCUACCAGCCGCGGGCGGUCGAGUCGGCCUGGUACGAGUGGUGGGAGGCGUCGGGCUUCUUCUCGCAAAAGGCCGAGGAUGUGGCCGAGGACCAGGAGACGUAUGUCAUUGUCAUUCCGCCGCCGAACGUCACUGGCUCGCUCCAUCUCGGGCACGCACUGACUAACGCGGUGCAGGACACGCUCGUCCGCUGGCAGCGGAUGCAGGGCAAGGCUGCGCUGUGGGUGCCUGGCGUCGACCACGCUGGCAUUGCCACCCAGGUUGUGGUCGAGAAGAAGAUCAUGCGUGAGGACGGCCUGACCCGGCACGACCUCGGGCGCGAGGCCUUUGUCGACAAGGUGUGGGAGUGGAAGGCCGAGUACGGCGCGCGGAUCACCAACCAGCUCCGCAAGCUCGGCUCGUCGCUCGACUGGGAGCGCGAGGUCUUCACCAUGGACGAGACCCGGGCCAAGGCCGUCACCGAAGCCUUUGUCCGCCUUCACAAGAAGGGCCUCAUCUACCGCGACAACCGGCUCGUCAACUGGUCGUGCCAGCUCAAGACGGCCAUUUCCGACAUCGAGGUCGACUACAUCGACCUCGACGGCAUUGUCAAGCGCAAGGUGCCGAACCACGAUGGCGAGUACCUGUUUGGCUGCAUCAUCUCGUUUGCGUACAAGAUCUGCGACGCCGACGGCGUGCUUGAUGCCGACGACGACGAGAUCGUCGUUGCCACCACUCGUCUUGAGACCAUGCUCGGCGAUACGGCGGUGUGCAUCCACCCGGCGGACCCGCGGUACUCGCACCUUCACGGCAAGUUUGUCAAGCACCCGUACCUCGAGCGGGUCAUCCCGAUCGUGCUCGACGACGAGCUCGUCGACAUGUCGUUCGGUACCGGCGCCGUCAAGAUCACGCCUGCGCACGACCCCAACGACUACGCGCUCGGCCUCAAGCACGAGCUCCCGCUCAUCAACGUGCUCAACGAGGACGGAACCAUGAACAACGAGUGCGGGCAGUACGCCGGCAUGAUGCGGUUCGAUGUGCGGACGGCGAUGCUCGCCGACCUCAAGGAGCGCGGCCUGUACCGCGGGCUGGAGGCGAACCCCGGCAUGCGCCUUGGCCUCUGCUCGCGGUCGGGCGACGUGGUCGAGCCCAUGCUCAAGCCGCAGUGGUACAUGUCGUGCACCGAGCUCGCGCAGCGCGGCAUCGACGCCGCAGCCUCGGGCGACCUCAACAUUGUGCCCGAGUCGCAGCGCAAGAACUGGCAGCGUUGGCUGGAGGACAUUCCCGAGUGGUGCAUCUCGCGCCAGCUCUGGUGGGGCCACCGCAUUCCGGCGUGGCGCAUCUCGACGUCCGCCGCCGACGCGCCGGACUCGGGCCUCGCCGACAACGACGCUUGGGUUGUCGAGCGGACCGAGGCCGAGGCCCGGACCGCCGCCGCCGCUAAGCUCGGCGUCGCCGAGGACGACGUGGUCCUCGUCCAGGACGACGACGUCCUCGACACAUGGUUCUCCUCGGGCCUCUUCCCGUUCUCCGUCUUUGGCUGGCCGGACGAGACGCCGGACCUCAAGACCUUUUUCCCCACCGCGCUCCUCGAGACCGGGCAGGACAUUCUGUUCUUCUGGGUCGCGCGCAUGGUCAUGAUGUCGUUUGCGCUCAUGGACGAGCUCCCGUUCUCGGACGUCUUCCUCCACGCCAUGGUCCGCGAUGCCCACGGUCGCAAGAUGUCCAAGUCGCUCGGCAACGUCAUCGACCCGCUCGCCGUCAUCUCGGGCAUCUCGCUCGAGGAGCUCAAGAACACGGUGGCCAACUCGAACCUGCCUCAGUCGGAGGUUGCCAUCGCCCAGGCCUCGCAGGAGGCCGACUUCCCCGACGGCAUCCCCGAGUGCGGGACCGAUGCCCUCCGCUUUGGCCUCUGCUCGUACACCGGCACCGGCGGCGAUGUCAACCUUGACAUCGAUCGCGUCGUCGGCUACCGCAACUUCUGCAACAAGCUGUGGAACGCGACCCGCUACGCCGUCUUCCACUGCCUCGGCGACAACUUCCAGCCGUGGACCGCCACCGAGUUUGAGGCCUCGUCCGCCGAGUGGUCGCCGGCCGACCAGUGGAUCCUCGCCUCGCUCAACGAGGCCACGGUCUCGGUCAACGCCAACCUCGCCAAGUACAACUUUAUCCCGGUCACCUCGACGCUGUACGAGUUCUGGUGGGGCCGCCUCUGCGCCUACUACAUCGAGCUCUGCAAGCCGGUCAUCACCUCGCCCGAGACGCCCGACCGCGUCCGCGACGUCACCCGCCAGACCCUCUACACCGCCAUGGAGGCCGGCUUCCGCCUCCUCCACCCCUUCAUGCCGUUCAUCACCGAGGAGCUCUGGCAGCGCCUCCCGCGCCGCCCCGAGCACGCCGAUGCCGGCCUCGAGACCAUCAUGCUCGCCGAGUACCCGCAGGACAACCCGGCGUUUGCCUCGGACGCCAUCCUCGCCGACUUUGCCUUUUUCCAGGCUGCGCUCACCGGCGCCCGCGCUCUCCGCGCCGAGUACGGCCUCUCGUCGGCCAAACAGAAGGCCCCGAUUUACCUCUCCGCCGCCACCGACGACGCCCGCGCCUCGUGCGAGCGCUACGCCACCUACGUCGAGUGGCUCGCCUUUGCCGAGUCCGUCACCGUCGUCGCCGACGGCGAGGCCCCGCGCCAGUGCGCCGUCAACGUCUUUGCGCCCGGCGCCUCGGUCCACCUCGAGCUCAAGGCCGGCGUCGUCAACGUCGACCGCGAGCUUGCCAAGCUCGCCAAGAAGAAGACCGCCCUGGUCAAGGAGGUCACCAAGAUCGAGAAGAAGAUGGCGAACCCGGCAAAGUGGGACAAGGUGCCCGAGGCCGCCCAGGUCGUCAUCGUCGAGAAGCUCGAGGCUGCCAAGGUCGAGCUUGUCGGCGUCGACGAGUCGAUUGCCAUGUUUGAGGCCAUGAAGCCCGGCGACGCCGCCGCUUCGUCGUAA